UUUUGACAUUUUAAUCUUCAAUGAAGCUUCGUCUUCGUCUUUUGAGUGUAGUUUAUUUAUGUUAUAAAGCAUGUUCUUCACAAAAGACCAGUUAAAACUUUAUUGUAAUCAAUUUAAAAGUGAUCGUACUAGUGUUUUUUGAUUAUAUACACGUUGAUGAUAAAUUUAUAAUGUAAUUGUUUCAAUUCUAACCUAACAAGUUUGGUCAAUAUGAAUUCUCAAGUUUGUGUAAACUGUAGUAAUAAGAAGCCAGUGAAUCAUACUAACAAUCGGCUUGUAACUGAGAGCUGUGGCCACACAAAAUGUAUGGACUGUCUUCUACACGAAAAGUCUGGUUGUGGUGCUUGUAUAAUAGAGAAAGAAAAAUCUUUGUACACAAACAAAGAUAUAAAUAAUGGUGAUAGUGGUUCAGAACAGAGUAAUGAAUUAGUAGUAUAUGAAAAAGAGAGUAAUGAUAGUUUAAUAGAAUAUGAUAACUAUGAAAAGAAGAAAAAGCUAGAGGUAUCUCAUAUUAAAACAGAGACAGAUGCUAAUGGCAAGUGUUAUGUCUGCACAUUAUGUAAAAAGAAGUUUCAUGCCAAGAGUCAAGUAGCAUAUCAUGCAUAUUGUAAUGGGCAAAGAAAACCUUUCCAAUGUCCAGAGUGCAGUAAGAGUUUUGCUACGCAUUCACAUUUCAAGUACCACAUGCGAGUGCACCGUAAUGAGCGUACAUACUCCUGUGAGGUGUGUGGUGAGAGCUUCUUCCAAAUGUCCAAACUUCAGAGGCAUAAACUCAAGCAUACAAAUGAGAAGAAAUUCGUGUGCGUACAAUGCAACAAGGCCUUCAGCAGUCUGUCCUCUCUGCGUAAACACGAGCUAACGCAUACAGAGGUGCGCCCGUACGCGUGCGCUAUAUGCUCGCGUCGCUUCCGUGACAGCUCUAACUACAGGAAACACGUCGCCAAACACGACGGUCAGUGUCACUCUCCUAUUUUUUAUCUCCUAUGUUAGUAGGUGUGAAUAAGAGAGAAAUAAAAAAGGGCAUAUGAUACACUUUGUUGAAUGAAUUAAUAUUUUAUUUGGACACAAACGCUAUAUAACUUAAAAUAAUAGGAACAAUAAUAUUAAUAAUAAUACACUCAAUAUACAAGAAUAAUAAAAUUUUAAGUUAACCUAAAUACUAUCAU